CGGCCAAUCUCCACUUCUUAAGCCUCCCUGUUGCCUCGCACGGCCUCCGCCUCCUCGUCGUCCGGCCUCCCGCGCCACCACCGGGGCCUCGCCGCCACGAAUGGAGUACGAGCGCAUCCACGAGCCGCUCCCGCGCCGUCAGGUGCCUCGCCUCGCCGCGAUCCCCCCCCCCCCCCCCCCCCCCCCUGAAUUCGCUCCCCGGGUGCUCCGUUCCUGGAUCUUGUCUUCGCUUGGGCGCUCUCCUCCCCCCCUGCCGCCCUGCCGCCGGGUGCUUGCUCGUCUUGGGCGUCCGAUUUGCUUCUGCUCUCGCGCCGUCUUGGGUCCGUCGUUUUCUUGGGCCAAAGGUUCGUAGUGCGUGUGCUAUUCGCGAGGUGGCUUUUUAAUGGUUAUUAGGUUGUCGGCCUAGGAACGGAGGCGCGCGCGCGCGCGCCUAUCGUCGCUGAACUCGAUGAUGGUUCAGUUUGGUCGGACAGGUUGGUUUUCUUUCUUGCAGGGUUUCCUUUCCCCCUCUCUCUUUCUUCCCCAUCCUUCUGCUCUCUAUUGAAUUCGGCUGGAGCCUAGAGCCUUGGUGCUUGUGCGGCUAAAUUUGACGCGCAUUUCGCCGAAAAGCUGCUGCGGCUCUCUCAUGCGUCUGAUGUUACUCGCCACUGUUCCUGUUAAAAUUUUGUGGUGCUCUCUCUUCCGUGCCGUAGCUUUCACUCGCAUGCGGCUGUAAGGAUGGGAUUGGGACGGGUCGAGCGUUGCAGUGCACGUUUCACUAAAAAGAGCUGAGAAUGAGAUCUUCUUGUCGCUUCCGCCCGUUGUUUCAGCUUUUCUUCGGUUCGAAUUCAGUAGUUUCUCGGUUGGAUUCGCCUUCUGUGCACCGUUUCGAUUCUGCCCCCGCCAUAUUUUCCACCCUUUCUCUCGCGGCGUCACUGAAAACGUUUCUUCUGUCCUUCCUUCCACCCUGUUCUUCUGUCCCAGUCCGGCGGAUUCUCCCCAGCUAAGCUGCGAGCGAUGCUUCGCGGGCUAGAGAAACACCAGCGCAACAGCGGCGAGGACACGUCGCCGGAGGCCAACGACUCCGGCGAGCUCGACGACCGGAGGAGCUUGGAAUGCUCCACCUCCACCGAGAUGUCGAGCAACAGCGGCCACAGGUCAAGGAACCGGGCCCCGGACGACGACAGCUUCGACUCGGAGAGCAGCUCGUCGGGGCCGCCCACGGUGAAGAGGUCGGCCGCGGUGGCCGCUUUGCUGCCGCCCUUCUCUCGCCCAACGCCGUCCAAGUGGGACGACGCCGAGAAGUGGAUUUCCAGCCCCACGUCCAACCGUACUGGCCGUGCCGGGCCUACCGCUGGAACUAUGCCAAAGAAGUCCGCAUUGGCAUUUCCUGAACAUGGAGCCCGCCAGCCAGCCGUUGCUAAGGUGGUCACGGAUGUGCCUACUAUCGCUGGACCAUUGGUUAAGAAUUCAGAUGGUCUUGCCCAUCCUGAUUUGCUUAAACUUGCACACGAUGCUUCAAUAGUUGAUGGACCAGCUCCUGCAGUUAGGUCUGUCUCUAUGAGAGACAUGGGGACCGAGAUGACUCCAAUUGCCAGCCAGGAGCCUUCUCGGACCGCGACUCCUAUGAUUGCAUCCAGUCCAACCUCCUCUCGGACACCAACUCCUCAACGCACCACAGAAUUCAGUGUGAGCAAUAUAGAUUCUAACAAGAUGGCGAUGUCUGAAGAGGAGGUCCAUAUAAGUACAAGACAGGAAAUUAUGGAUCUUGGCGAAAGGUUAGGCAAGACUACUAUAGCUGCAUGGGCAAGCAAGGAGGAGAAAGCUGCUGCACGUUCUACGGAUACUGCAGCCGAUAAUGCUGUUGAUGUCAACAGGGAGAAUCGAGCGGCAGAUUGGCAGGAGGCAGAGAAGGCAAAGUAUCUUGCAAGGUUUCAUAGGGAGGAGGCAAAGAUCCAAGCUUGGGAAAAUCUCCAGAAAGCGAAAAUUGAAGCUGAAAUGAAAAGGAUAGAGGCCAAGAUCGAGCGGAAACGGGCGCGCGAGCAAGACAGGCUCGCCAGCAAACUGGCAGCGGUGAGCCACCGAGCGGAGGCGAAGAGGGAGGCCGCGGAGGCGAGGCGGGACCAGGAAGCCGCGAGAACGGAGGAGCAGGCGGCUCAGAUCCGAGAAACCGGGCACACGCCUUCCUCUUUCUCAUGCUGGUGCUGGUGCCUGUGACUCUGAUUCCUUCACUGCAUGACCAGCACAGCACGUCACCCGACUGUAACAUAGCAUGACCCGUGAGACUGUGAUCUCCGGCCAUGGUAGAAAAAUUUGCUCACUGUACGACUUGUGUAGUGCCUUGGUCUAAUGGUGUCCAGUUUUUUGGU